AUCGGAUGAAAUUCGGUUAUCAUCCAACUGUACGCUACACUCGAAUCACAUCCAUUUGUGACGGUUAUAAUGUGUGUGAAAACUGACUGACUGACUGAGAAUUAUAUAUGUACAACAGAUUUGAUCGUUUUCAUCUUUGAAUCAAUUGAGAAAUCAGAACCGUUGUGCAACAUUUUCAAUUGUAAAUGUCACUUGAAAUCUUCAAACUAUUCAUUAGCUCUAGAAAUAUGCACGAUAUAAUAAUCAUUUUCAGUAUAAAAAACUGUCGAAGCAAAAACAUUUUGCUUCUCUUUGGGGAUUUCCCUUUCUGUCUCCAAUUCGUAAAACAGCAGUUUUGACGCAGAAACCGUCACGCCAUUCAAAUGUGGUGUUCAAAGGAUGAAACAUUGGCGCCGAACGAUUCGUUUUGCAAAUGUCACUCAGCACAGCGGCUCAUUGGUGUAGGAACAUUGACAAGAAAUUGGCGCACAUUUUUUUGAGUGAACAUUCAACGAAAAAAGGCAAUUUUUUUUGCGAAAUAGUUGCUUUAAUUGCGAGACCAAAACCCUUUUAAAGAUUAUUUCGCAAUUUUGAGGCGAGAUCCGCAUUGAGACAGGGAGACAGAGAGCAAACGAAGCCUGAUCUAUUCAAAUCGUUUGGAUUCAUACGAAGUGGACUUAUUGUGACCGAGAUCCAUCGCGAUGGCGAGGCGUAAGCGGCACAAUAAGACGUUUGGUAAGCCAAGGGAGAAUAAAGUCCAGAUGAAAAAGCACUCAAUUGUGAAGAAAAAACGUGUCAAUCGGAAAGAAGAUCCAGAAAAACAGUCGACAGAAAAUGGAACAAUCGAAAUCGGCGCGAUCAAAUUGGCAUUUAAUUCGAUAAUUAAUCCGAAGUUAACAGAAACAGAAAGAGGAUUUCUGAUCCAUAAGUUCUUCGAGAAAUGUUUGAAUGCUACGAAAGUCAUGCAUCUUGCAUCGAUGUUAAUGCUCUACACAAUUAACGAAGCAUUUGAUGAUGGCAAUUUGGACUUCUUCGUGAAUCAAAACGGAGCAAAUUUGAUUACAGACUGUUUCAACUGUGUCACAUCGAACAACAUCAACGAUCCACUCACAGCCCAAAUGCCAGACGCAUUUCUCGCGAUGGUGACCCAAGGUAGCCCCAACUUUGAAUGGCCACGCCGCCAUCAAAUGACUCGCCAAGUUUAUGCUCUCAAGGACCAGUAUGUGGCCAAUGUGAAGACAAAUUUGGAGACGCACUGUUGGGUGAGAUUGACCCACUUUCUACGUGUAAAGUGCCAUGAAUUCAAUCACAAAGGAAGCCCACUUGGCGUUAUUUAUGAUGCAUCAUACUUGCCUUUCGAUGACAUUGACAUUCGAAAUACGAUGAAAAAUUUGAUGUACAAUGAAGAUUGGACUUAUGAUGAUGAUGAAAGUCGAAAGUCGAAGAUGGAAAUACUGUUUAAGGAAGUGUCUCCGCUUUGUGGCCCAUCAUUCGUAAAAUACUUCACAAUGUACGAAUACAUUCAAAAGGACUGGUUCGAGUCUUUGUGGAUGUGGAUAGGCAUGCAACGAAUUGUAGAGAAAUUUUUGAUCGAUACGGCUCACCUUCGUGAACAGUGGAAAGCAUACGAUCGUGAUCCAGUGAACAAUCGAGAGCCGUCGGUACCGAAGAUACCAAAAGUGAAGAAUUUCGCCGCUAUUCCACUCUGUGAUACAAAACUGAAGCACAUACCAUUCGACCAUAAAGAUUUGAUUGAUUUCAUUGGCCAGUUGAGAAAUGAACGGGGAUGGGAUAUCCGUGCUGAUUAUCGUACAUACUACAAGCAAGGCGAGAACAAAGACGAGGCAUGGGGAAUUGUGUUCGAUAUGGACAAAAUCAGACAGCUCAGAACCGGUUCGAAAGAGUUUUACCACAAAAUUCAAACCAACAGUAGUGCCGUGUCGGUGUUGUUUAGCAGACCCAAACGCAAAGGAGCCGGCGUGACUCUGUCUGAAAUCAAAGCAAAGUACGAAAAGCCAGUCAGCAAAGGCGGUUACAAGUAUGAGUCAGGAAUUGAUCUCGGCCAGAAAACAAAAAUGGCCUGCGUGCGUCGGACUCUCGCUACUGGAAUUGAAACCAACAUCAAAUUAUCGAGUAUUCAAUAUCACUGGGGUGCGCGACAAGGAAUGCGCGACAAACAGGCCACGAAAAUGACCAGAAAGUACGUGCACAAAGAACAGCGCGACUUGAAAAGCUAUCCGAUCACAUCCGUAUCGCCGCGAGGAUCACAAUGGAAAUCAUUCAUUAAGCACAAAAUCAAAAUGCUGACAGAUUCAUUGGCUACAUACGCCAGAAGAAAAUACGCACAGCUAUCGUUGCACAAGUACAUCGAGUCUAAUCGCGAAAUGGAUUUGAUGGCUAAACACAUAACAAACAAUGAGACAGGAGUUGUAUUCCUUGGUGAUGCGGCGUUCCCAUCAAAUUCGAAAAUCGGUGUGAAAAGAACAAAACGAUCACCGGAUCAGCGAAAGUUCAUAGUUAGCCUAAAAAAGAACGGCAAAACGGAUGUUGUGCUUACCCCAGAGCCGUAUACAUCACAAACCUGUGCCAAUUGCUUGCGGCGAUUUCCGAGAAGCACAAAAAGUGACCGAUUCAAAGUGUGCAAAGAUUGUCGCCCACACAAGGAUGUGAGACUCCCACCGGUUAUUGUGACUGAUCGAAGCAGACGGCGCAAGCAACGUGAUCGAAAACAAAAUGCCAGCCAAAAGCCAACAGCAAAUGUAACUAGAGCCGAAAAAGCUGAGAAGCACCGGGAAAAGCGUCGAAGUGAGCGCGAAAGCCACAAUCCAGAGCAAUUGGAUACCGAACAGGCAGUGAGACGGUACAAUCGACGCAUACGACGGCGUGAACUACGUCAACGACGUCGAGUUGCAGGCCAUCGCAGUCGUAAAGUAACCAAACAACCGGAAGCGGAAUCCGAUUUGCCAGGUUUUGGUAAAAUUGGUGACACAAGUAUUUGCAAGAUUCGUGUCAAAAAUCGUAAGGCCAAACCACAAUUAUGGCAGCGAAUACAUUACGAUGCAACUGAUAAAGGAAUUGGGUUAUUGGGGUCAAAGAAAAUAGCCUUCCAGAAAAACUGGCACUCAAGCCCAAUGAAUGAUCAGAACGCUUUUACUGCUACUUGGCAUCGUGACAUCUGUGCGGCGAAGUGCAUCUUGUACAGAGGCCGUUGUAUGGUUUUCGACUUGAAUGUGCACGAAUCAUUUUUGUUACCACCAGAAAGGAUACGGCCAAAAUGUCGAGAUGGCCAAUCGAGAUGGCCAAUCAAAUGCUGUCGAUGAUAAGUAGAGCGUAGAUCAAGAGAAUAAAAUAAAACAUUAACGAUUAGUUAUUAUCAAAGCUUGAUUUUUGUGGCUUUGUACAUUAAAAUGUGUGUGCAAAUACACGAUGUAAUACGGCUUAAGCCCGUAGGUAAGUUGUUGUAUGUAAGAUUUUCUCAGUCAGUUGGUCAAUUUCAAUAUCCACACCAAUAUUUACCAAAGUCAUAAAUGGACCUAGUUCAAGUGAAGCGUACAGUUGGAUGAUACUCGAGGUGGGUCCAUUUAUGACCUUGUUUCACACGUGAUUUGUUAUUUUGUUAUCAAUUGAUUCAUAAUCGUUUUUAUAUCCUUCUAAUUGAUUUGUUUUUACCGUUUUUUUCUACUUCCAUCGUGACGUUAAAAAUGACUGAAACUACACACAAAUGCGGGCCUUAAUUCGACCGUUUACAUACGCUUGGUAAUGGAUGUAUUUGCGUUAACAAUUGUUUCUUGGGUACAGGAAACAUAUACAAUGGUAAAUAGAUAUCCGUUGCCAGCAUUUCCGGAUCAUCAUUAUUCGCAAAUUGGUGGUACAAUUGAACGCGGUGAACAUUUUGUCGAUACCAAUAUGGGUACUUGUUGCCACCAAAAUUCUCAUUAUGAAUGUUUGAGUAACUUCAAUAGCCGUAGCUUGAUGCAAAAGUCAAAGAACGGAGCCGAUUACAGCAAUUGCAAUUUUCAAUCCAAAUAGAAUAUCUAUAAGCCAGCCGAAAAUAAUUUUUAAGAAUCGGUUGUUAAAAUUUAAAUUAAUUUGGUUCUAUGCGAAAUUUGUUGGAAAAUAAAGCUUUUGUUUUGGAAAUUAUCAAA